AUGGUGACUGCGUCGACACCUUCCUCUAAGGCCUCACCCGCCUCCCACCUCUCCGCUGUUCGCGUGCUUGACGCCUUGUCGCGUCGGCGACCGACCGUCACUUCGCUAUCGCAGGCCUCGCCAUCCCCUCGACGUCUGCUUCGGGCGACGCCAGGUCGCCAUUGGAUGACCGUGAACAACGCGACUGUGUCCACCACAGCCACGUCCACUCCGACGUCGACUCCAACCCCGACGCCGACACCGACGCCGACGCCCAUGUCGUCGUUGGCAGCGACCGCGGCCGUCAGCUGCACUGACGUGACCAAUCGUCUCGGGACAACCGGCUCUGGUUCCAUCCUGCCUAUUCCGGCCUCCGAGACGCCGGUGGCCUCCAUGGCUCUGGCCAAACAGGCCAUGAGUCAGGCGGCCGCUGUCGCCGCGGUCGCCUCCUGGUCGGCGGGAGGACGGCUCUUCGGUCAGCCGUCCGGUCUGACGAGCCAGCAACUACUCUACGCCAGGCAGCUACAGUCGAGGUAA